UUCUCUCUCAGUCAGGGAAGUAAGUAGAGUGCAUUUAAACCAAAUUCAUGGCACUUGUCUCUUGUAUGUGAUAAAUACAUCUCAACUCCAAGAGGCAUUAAAAUCACUGCACUGGUCUGCACCCACCAAAACAACCGAUCAACAACAAAUUAAUAUGGAGUCCUCGAGCUCAGCCCACCAGAGAGAAGAAGAGCGACACCCUUUGUUGCACAGCCCCUGCCAUCUCUUCGAGCAGCUCAUCACCUCUUGCCUCAAGUGCCUCGGACUUGAUCACCUUUUCACCUCCUCCGCUGCCGACGACGAUAAGACAAAGGAAGAUCAUCAACAGCUGUACCCUCCUCCCCAGACCGAAACGGAAAUGAAACACGGCGAAGAGGUUGGCGCAGGAACUGCAAGGUCGACAAGAGCGUUGAGAGUGAAGCGUCCGUGGUCAUUAGGGUCUGGUUCAGGUCCUCAGAUUAAUUAACCGUGCUUCGUCGUAACUGAACAGCUGCUAGCUUCUUCAAUUCUAAAUUUCCAUUGAUCCUUUCUCUGUUUUUAACUUUUGUAUGUUUUAGUUGUUCUCUCAUAGUAGAACUGAGGCCUUCAA